AGAGAGAAGCAGCCAUGAAGCACAUCGUACUGUUGGCAGCCUUCGUUGCCAUGGCGGCGGCACACCACGGACACGUCCCUGAGCUCCGUGCCAUUGCCCGCGUGGGUGACCCCAACAACCCAGCCAGCAUCCAGGGAAACGUGACCUUCACCCAGCUUCAUGAUGGCAAAGUCCGUAUCGAGGGAACUAUCCUUGGUCUGCCUCAUGGACAGUACGGGUUCCAUGUGCAUGAGAAGGGAGAUCUUACUGGAGGAUGCUUGAGCACUGGUGCACAUUUCAACCCGGAGCAUAAACAGCACGGCCACCCCAACGACGAAGAGCGCCACGUCGGCGACCUCGGCAACGUAGAGUUCGACGACACCCGCAUCGGCCGCAUCGACUUCACCGACUCCCUCAUCUCCCUGGUUGGCGAGCACGGCAUCCUCGGCCGCGCCGUGGUCUUGCACGAGAGAGCUGAUGACUUCGGACGCUCUGACCAUCCCGACUCGAGGAAGACUGGGAACGCUGGCGGUCGAGUCGCUUGCGGCGUCAUUGGCAUUCUGGAUCCCGUCGAUGGGUGGAGCAACACAGCCUCGUUAGCCGCCAUCGCACCAUCUAUGUUCCUCCUCUCAUCUUUACUGGUCUUGCUGCGUUAAUGUGUACUUAUUCAUAAACGGACCAUGCUGUUUUCAUGCCAAGUGGUACGUACAGUCAGCCAAGAAAGUUGUUUACCACUUUUCGACGCUAUCGUCUGAUGGAUAGAGUCGAAAAGUGGUAGACCACUUUCUUGGCUGACCGUCCGUCAAGCUUUUAUAAGGAUAAGUGGGUAUGUAUUGUAUGCAUACUUACCCUAUUUAGUAUCUUUUGCUAAAAGUUUGUGUAGCAGAGUCUACGCUUUAUUCAAAUUCAGAAUUUGAUACAGUAAACCGAUAUGGUAUUUAUUGUAUGUAAUUCUGGAUAUUAUUUUCUUAUCCAAAGUAUCCCAGUGCUAUGAUUAGUACAAAUUGUUUUAUUAUAUAAUUUGAAUGGCAUCUAAAGAAUUAAAUUAAAUUUAAACGUAUUUUCAAUCGAAAUAUUUAAAGAUAGGUUCAAAGUCACUUUAAAUAGAAAUAAAUAUGGACUAAAAUAGAAUCAAAAAAUAUUAUAUAAAAUAAUUUGAUUUGUAGUAAUAGCAAUAGUUGGAGAAAUAAAUAUAAUUGAACAAAUUAGUGCAAUUGCAUUCAACGUGUGUGCAUUUAAUUUGAAUAAAUACAACUUAAAAAUAAAAACUCUAUCUAAGUUCCUGCAAUUAAAAAAAUAAUUGAUUUUUUAUACCAGUUAUCAAAAUAUCCUAAUGAAGAAAAUGUACCUAAGCAAUACCAAUGCGUUGGUCGGAAAUAAACAAUUUUUAUUUAUCUAUUUAUUAAUAUCUUUUUGGUUAGAUUAAUUUGAAUUUAAAUUGUUCAUAUUAUUAACGGUCAGAAUGUACCUACUUGCAAUUUUGUACGAUUAUUAUCCAUAAAAUUGAUACAGUAUUAUUUACAGCCCCCAAGUGUUUUUUUUCAAAUCUUUUUUUAAUUUGUAUUUUUUAGUCUCAUCAGUACUUAUUAUCACGUGUUUUGUUUGCUUUUACACCUGUACUUAAUCCGUAAGUUAUGUGCUUUAUAAGUAAGUUCUGACUAGUUAUUUAAGUAAAAUACAUGCCUAUAUGUAAGUAUUUAUGUUUGCAAAUCACUGUACAGAUGUUUUUUAUACGAUUAAAGUGUGUUAUUUC